GAGAGCAACAUAUUCAAUGUACACCCGUGUUGCUUUUCAGGAAUAAACAAGAAAUAUUUCUCAUUCUCUUUAAACAAAGCCUUAAAUGAAAUUAUGACAGAAGAUUCAGGGAACGUCACUGCUGCUUAAGUGCCCUAGCUUGUUUGUUUCACUUGAUAUCUACGAUUUCAAGGAGUAUAAUCGGACAAAAAUAAAUGAGAAAAAGGUGAUGAAGAAAAAAAGCUAAUGAUUGUCUGGGAUCAAGUUUGUUGUCUGGUAUCAAGUUUUCACACUGCUAUUCAAUAUCCUGUUAUCAGAAAGAUGGCUUGGCACUAGCAGUGGUGGUUCAGUGUGUGUGAGCCGGUCUGGAUGGCUCUGGGUCUGGUGUGAGUGAGACAGAGUGAGGAAGAGUGUGUGGAGAUGAAGGUGGGACAGAAGAACUCUGUGUGUAUCCUGUCUAGUCGAGAGCAGGGAGCACAAGGCCUCGGCUCACACAGGAUCCUACAGCAGCUUGUGGAGGAAAAAACACAGCGCAUGAAAUGGCAGAGUCAGAAAGUGGAGUUACCAGGCAGCCCCCGCUCAACCUUUCUACUGGCCUUCAGUCCAGACAGUUCUUUAAUGGCUUCCACCCAUGUGAACCACAGCAUAUAUAUUACAGAGGUUAAGACAGGAAGAUGUGUUCGCUCUCUGGUGGGUCACCGCCGUACGCCCUGGUGCCUGACCUUUCACCCUAGCAUUCCUGGUCUCAUUGCCUCUGGCUGCCUUGAUGGAGAGGUCAGAAUCUGGGACCUGCAUGGUGGCAGUGAGAGCUGGUUUACAGAGUGUAACUCAGCGAUCGCAUCUCUUGCUUUCCAUCCUGUGGGUCAGCUGCUGCUCAUUGCCACCAACAAUGAGCUGCACCUCUGGGACUGGAGUCAGAGAGAGCCCUUCACUGUGGUGAAGACUGCUAGCGAGACGGAGAGAGUCAGGUUGGUGCGAUUUGAUCCAUUGGGUCACUAUCUUCUGACUGCCAUUGUAAACCCUUCAAAUCAACAGCAGAAUGAUGAUGAUCCUGAAAUUCCAAUGGAUAGUGUGGAGAUGCCUCAUUAUCAUCAGCGUUCCUUCCUGCAGUCUCAACCUGUAAGGCGCACUCCCAUCUUGCACAAUUUCUUGCAUAUCCUCACUUCACGUAACUCUGCACCUCAGGCCGGAGGCACUCUCCCUGCUAGAUCUGACGAGGCCUCCGAUUCGUCAGGCCUCUCUGCUGGACGUUACACUGGUUUGAGGGAUCGUUCCCGGCUCUCAUACUAUGGCUGUGUUCGGCCACUUGGAAUGGUGUGUUUCUGCAGCCAUUGCUCAGCAACUAGGGCUCCAUUGCUGCCUGAUGAUGACCCUUCAAACUCCACCUCCCUUGAGGGACAACCACAUGCUUCUACUUUUUCUUCUGCACGCACAGAGCCACGGUUACCACGGUUGCCAACUGAGUCUCAUCCAGCUAAUCGGCCUUCAGCAUUCAGCUGCAUGUAUGGAGGCGGGAACAAUUUACAGAACAUAUCUUCCAGCUAUGGGAGGAGGGGUGUGGCCGGAAUGGCACCCAACCCAAAUUCACGGCAGCAGCCACUAUGCAGGGAAGGUGGCAAGCGUCUCCCUGGGGCAGAAUGGACAGGAAGUGUGCUUAAUGGACGUGGCGGUAGCAUGACUCCUCCCAGAACCAGUGCUUCCUCGGUUGGUCUACACUCUGUCCUGCGACCGCACAUGACUUCCAAUCAAUCACCUGUUUACGCCUCUGCUAGUAAUAGAUGGGGCUUUCCUUCACCAGGAACAGGGGCUCACAACAGUAGCAGCUCAUCAGGGGCUAGCUCCAGCAGACACUGCCUGCCUGGAGAAGAGGGGCAGGGUAGUCCUGCUUCCAUACGUAAUGUUCUGCAAUGUAAUCUUAACCGCUAUUUUAUGGAGUAUGAGCGCAUGCAGAACCUUGUACAACCUCUAGAAGGCAUUAAUGGGGAGCGCAGCAGUCAGGACCAGCAGACUCAGGAAAUGCUGAAUAACAACAUGGAUCCAGAGCAACCAGGCCCAUCUCAUUACCAGCUAACUUACAGUGGUGAAAACCCCUCCCGCAGUCAUCUGAACCGCUGUAGAGUCUGCCACAACCUCUUCACCUACAAUCAGGGUACUCAGCGUUGGGAGAGAACUGGUCAGCCCACAUCUGGUGAGGGAACCACAACUUGGCAACCUACUAGACCUACCUUCCACAGCUCGGCCUCAACCUCUCAGUCUGAUCUUCUCCUCCCUGAGCCCAGAACAGGUGUCCCUGAACCUGACAUACCCUUUUCCCGCAGCACUGUUACUGAUCAGCAUGAGGAUCAGGCGGCUGGGUUGGUCUUUAACCAGGAAACUGGCCAGUUGGAGCGUGUUUACAGGCAGUCUGCCACCUCUAGCUCAAUGAAUUUAUCACAAGAUGCCUUAAACCAGGAAAUGCCUGAAGACACACCAGAUGAUGAUUACCUACGCAGGGACAAUGGAAGCAGACAUUGGGCUCACCGUAAUGCACGUACGUCUGCCCCAUCCCUUGGUCGCUUUGUCCCUAGACGGUUCCUCCUCCCUGAGUUUUUGCCACAUGCUGGAAUCUUCCACGAGAGAGGGCAGCCAGGCCUGGCAACACACUCAUCUGUCAAUAGAGUCCUCGCAGGUGCUGUUAUUGGGGAUGGUCAAUCAGCAGUGGCCAGCAACAUUGCUAACACCACCUAUCGUCUGCAGUGGUGGGACUUCAGCAAAUUCGAUUUGCCUGAGAUCAGUAAUGCUUCUGUAAACGUUUUGGUGCCCAACUGUAAGAUCUAUAAUGACGCUAGCUGUGACAUCUCAGCAGACGGACAGCUGCUGGCUGUAUUUAUUCCAAGCAGUCAGAGGGGUUUCCCUGAUGAGGGGAUCUUGGCUGUGUACUCCCUCGCUCCACACAACUUAGGAGAGAUGCUCUAUACCAAGAGAUUUGGUCCGAAUGCUAUCUCUGUCAGCUUGUCUCCGAUGGGUCGGUACGUGAUGGUGGGUCUGGCGUCUCGCCGUAUCCUGCUGCACCAGAUCAGUGAUCACAUGUUGGCACAGGUCUUUAGACUGCAGCAGCCCCAUGUUGGAGAGACAUCCAUGAGGAGGGUGUUUGAUGUAGUAUAUCCAAUGGCCUCAGACCAGCGGAGGCACGUCAGUAUCAAUUCUGCUCGUUGGCUGCCAGAACCAGGGCUUGGACUUGCUUAUGGAACCAACAAAGGAGAUUUGAUCAUCUGCAGACCUGUUGAUGUGUUUUCAGAUGGCGGCAGCACUUCUGAACGCUCUGAGACAAUGUUCACCAUCAAUAAUCGUGGAGGGUUUAGCACCAGUAGCAGCAGGGGUAUAGAGAGGGCAGGGAACAGCAGGACUGAUUGGCGGUCUCACAGAGAUAUGGGCCUGAUGAAUGCGAUUGGUCUGUGGCCACGACACCCAGCCCCCACUGUUACAUCACAGGGGACGCAGACUCUACAGCUACAGAACACAGAGACGCAAACGGACUACGACCUAGAGGAUGAAACCCAGCAGCCCAGCACCUCUCAGGGGUCACAGGUCACUGAUGCCCCAGACUCCCUGGAUUUAGAGACUCUGCCAGAGGAUUCUGGGUCUGAGGUGGUACCAGAGACACCACCCCACAGUCGACCUCAGGAAGAUGAAGUGUCAGAUCCCACUGACCACAGCACAGACAGCACAGGUCAGGCUGAGUAUGUUUCUCGUAUCCGAAGGUUAAUGGCCGAGGGAGGGAUGACUGCAGUCGUCCAGCGGGAGCAGAGCACUACAAUGGCUUCGAUGGGCAGCUUUGGCAACAACAUUAUUGUCAGUCACCAUAUCCACCGUGGCUCCCAAACAGGAGUGGAUGUGCAGAGCCGUACCCAUUCGUGUCCUGCCCCUGGGCCCUCCUCUAGUACCCCUGUGUCUUUGGCAGAAGCGGCAGGUUUCUGCUCCCGUGUCCUUUCCAACACACUGGGACUUCAUACCAACACAGCUCCGGAAUCUUCUGCAGAGGAGAGACUUCACUCUUCCCUCCUUUUACAGGACUUUUCUCCUCUUUUCUCAUCUGCUGGAGACACAAAUGGACCAUUUGCUUCCGUGGAAACAGACAGUGUCUUGGAGGGGGAGGAACUCCAAGACCUUGCAUCCCUCUCACCAUCUUUAGUCUCUUCUUCACCUUCUCUUUCUCCAGCAAAUAACAAUAACUACAGCAGCAGUGAUAGUAGUUAUCAUGGAGAUGAGUAUGGGCGGUAACAGCGGCAUUACAGUCUAGAAAAGAGACUGUCACAUAAUAGAAACUUACAGAAUGAUUUGCACUUGACACUUGUGUUCACCUCUCUUUUCGCUAUCAGCGUUCAUACUGUUUAUCUGCUUUAACUUACGAAAAAGAUAUAGGAUGAGAAAAAGUGUCUUGGAAAGGGUUGCAGAAGUGUUUCCUGUUCUGUAGCUCAAAACAGCCAUUCCAUAUUCAACCUGAAUCAAAAGGCCCUAUGGUGUGUACACUGAUCUCCAUUUGCCCAUAUAGAAUAACUAUUUUGCCUGUGUGUGUGCAUUUUUUUAUGUGGAUGGCAGAUAGACAGCAGGUAAAUGUAGCAGGUAAAAUUUUGCGACUCUCUAAAGCAGAGAUUACUAAACUGCCAAAGUUGGGUUAGCAAAAUAAAGAGGAACCUCAGUUAAACUAGUCACUUUUUAGUUUUUUUGUAGUGAAAAGUGAUGUUUAGCUCCUCCAGUUUCUCUUUUGAAUAUUAUUAUAUUAUUUAAAGGGGUCAUGACAUGAGAAACCAAAUUUGCCUUGAUCUUUUGGUAUAUAAGAGGUCUUUGUAUCAUUAAAACGUCCUGCAAGUUUAAUAUUUUAAGACGUCCUCCCCAUUCUAAACGAAUCAUUUAUUUAAUCAAGCUCAAAAUACAGCUCGUUCUGGAUUCAUGGUUAGAAGUGACGUGUCGGUUAGAAGUGACGUAACAGCGUUUGCAUAUGACCGCCUCCAG